AGAGGGGAGCGGUUAGAGGUGGGAGUUGGCACUGCGGAGCGGGCGGGGGCCGCGGAAGCUGAGAUGUGGACGGGCCCGCGGCGGUGACCCGAGCUGCCGCCCGACAUGAACUCGCUGGAGCAGGCGGAAGAUCUCAAGGCUUUUGAGAGGAGACUUACUGAAUAUAUUCAUUGUUUGCAACCUGCCACUGGACGUUGGAGAAUGCUUCUUAUUGUGGUAUCUGUCUGUACAGCUACUGGUGCUUGGAACUGGUUAAUAGAUCCUGAGACACAAAAGGUUUCCUUCUUCACAUCAUUGUGGAAUCAUCCAUUUUUCACCAUUAGCUGUAUUACUCUAAUAGGCUUGUUCUUUGCUGGAAUACACAAGAGGGUAGUUGCACCAUCAAUUAUAGCUGCUCGAUGUCGAACGGUAUUAUCAGAGUACAAUAUGUCUUGUGAUGAUACAGGAAAACUAAUUUUGAAACCUAGGCCUCAUGUUCAAUGACAAUGUGCACUCAUUGUUAUGGGACCUAAAACAGCCUUUCUUCAAAUAAGUGAUACAGCAAAAAGCCAUAAAGGACUCCUUUGCAGUUGGAUAUGUGAAGGUCGUAGCAGCAGCUGACCAGUGUGCAAUAUUACCCAGAUUGUCUUGAGGAUGACGACUCGCGUGAUCAGUGCGUUGGUACCUUUGAUUACCUGUGUUCAGUAUUAGUGUCACUUUAGUACUUCAGAUCCUGCAAAGAUUUUUGCAGAUGAAGUAUGUAUGUAUGUUACUAAGUUCAACUUAGAAACAGAACCUCAUUCAGUUUUUAUAAUGUAUUUUUGCAGACUACUGUAAAUAGCAAAUCAAUGCCAAUGUUAAAGAGGAAAAUGUUGUGUGGACUUUAUUCUCCUGCACCAGUAUUUCAGGAACAUCUGCUGCCAUCCCACAGCUCUGUAAGACCAGCUAUUAUGUGUGCCUUUCAUUCCUUCACUUUCCUUUAAUCAUCCUGCAGGACAAACAUCGGACUCACGAGGAAAACUCAUCUCCCAUUAUGUUUUAAGAAAUUACAGAUGUUUUGAGAAACACUUUAGUUUAACUAGAUAUUGAACU